AUGAGACGGAACUACGGUUGGAGUCUGAGACCGGCGUUGGAUAAUGCAUCUCAAAGCCCUUUUCUGUCUCUUAGCAGCGACCGCUGUCGCAAUCCGCUCAGACCAUGCCUCCAAAUCCCCAUCGGAGAGAAGUUCAUCGGAAGCGCCGCCACCGCAAAGCCUCUUAACGCCAAACAUGUCUACCCACCCGCCGCGUUUAACAUGCACCAGGUUGGAGGUAAUACCGGGACGACCGACUAUCCUGGUCCCCUGGGAAAGAACCUCGAGUUGACGACCGCUUUGGAGUCCCUGCAUAUCAUGAUGUGGACGCGGAGUGGCCAGCUGGUUGCUGGCUAUACCAAGAUCGGCCUGAGUGGACUCCAAUGGGGCCUGGUCGCAGUGGAUGACGCGACGCUCGAAAUCCAGGCCGAGUGGUACCCGGAACGAGAGGGACAAACGUUGAAUGUGGCCUACAUGGAGCUUCUGCUGCAUACGGACGAGAUUGUGGUGACGUCGAAGGAAGGCCAGAUCUACGUCGUGCAGUUGACGACGGAUGGAGCGAUUAGCCUGGACCUGACGCGCAUGGAGAACAUGACCUCCGUCCUUGGCCCUGGCGAGCUGCUGAUGAACGCCAUGUAUGAUACGCAGCAGAACCUUUGGUUCAGCAGUGGUGGGCUGCGUGCGCAAGGCGGCCACGGCGACGCACAACAGAACACCAGCACGUUCGGCUACAUUGAGCCCGAUGGGACCGUCCACGUGCAGCAUUUUGAGAACCAAAUGGUCGAAAAUGGAAUCGCCAUUAAUGGCACAACGGUAUUCGCCGUGACCGGCCCCUCCGGAGACGCGAGUGGCGCCAACGCGCAGGGCUACUUCUACGUCUUUGGCCCCGGAGAAGGCAAUUCUAUCACCACGUUGUGGAGCAUCCCUUACGAUGCGGGCGAUGUACAGAAGCCGGGCUCGUACGCACGCGGAUCGGGCGCCACCCCGGCGUUGCUUGGCGACCAGUAUGUAGCCAUCACCGACAACGCUAUGGGACAGGUCAACCUCGUUAUCUAUCACCAGGAGAAACAGGCCGACGGUUCGCAGACUGUCUGCAAAGUCCCCGUCUUCCAGCCCGGGAAGAGCAACAUCGACAUUGCCCCCCUGGCCCAUCAUCAGGGCGACACGUACGGUGUGUUCCUGUGCAACGACUACAAUGCUCCUCCGCUGUAUUAUGUCGACUCGGGCCUGAAUGGCGAUUUCAACAACCUGACUCAGAUGGAGCCGGGGAUCGUCAAGAUAAACGUCGCCGCGGAUGGCAGCGGAUGUGAAGUUGCCUGGGAGGUUCCGGACCUUCGGAUCCAGUCAGUGCCCGUCCUCAGCACGAAGAGCGGUCUUGUGUAUGGCUACACGCAGGCUGUCGAGCCGACCAAGUACGGCCAAUACACAUGGUACGUGGUUGCGGUGGAUUGGGAGACUGGCAAGGAGGUCUGGCGCCUUCGGACGGGGGCCGGCGGGACUUUCAACGAUGAUUACCAGCCUGGAGCAAUUGGGCCGGACGGGAGCUUCUACCAGAACGUCAUCGGAGGAGUGGUGAGAGUAAGAGAUGGAGCUGAUGAAUGA